CCCCAAAAAAAACACCAUACAGAGAGGCGGACCGUUGGAACUUUAAAGGGAUAGAGAACUUACAGUUAUAUAUAAGCUAAUGUCCUGUAUGUGAGCACAAGAGCUGGGGACUUUAUUUAGCGUCAGAAAUUACUGAGUGCCAAACUGAUUAAUCCGGCUGUGUGAAUGGGAAGAGCUGAUGAUGUCAAAACUUUCUCUCGGAAGAAAGACGUCCUCUAGUAAAUUAAGCAGCUGGGUACAACCGUCCUUGGGUGAUUUUUUCGGAGGCUCUGGGUUGAACUCCCUCCCGUCAACAAAGGGACAUUUAGGAGAAAGCAAGUCCAAAGCUCAAUCUUCGAAUGUGGAUGUUGGUGGAAAGAAGCUGAGGAAGAGAAAGGGAGAGCCUCAAAUUACUAAUCUUGAGCCUGGUGUCUUCUCGAGCAGGAGAGGAUCACAGGAGAACCAUGAUGAACCCUGGGUGGAUGUGCAUGCACCUCAGACACAAGUCGAGCUGGCAGUCCACAAGAAGAAAGUCGACGAAGUUGCGAGUUGGUUGAAAUUAAAGACCACUAAUAAGGGCAGCGCAGUUCUGUUACUGACUGGUCCGUCUGGCUGUGGAAAGACAGCCACGGUUCACGUCCUGGCUAAAGAUGCGUGCUGUCACAUCCAGGAAUGGACAAACCCGACCACUGCAGAGUACAGGACAGACGACUCCUUCAUGGGCAGUUUUGAUCCUGCCUCCAGGUUUAACAGCUUCCACAGCAGCUCACAGACAGCAGCUUUCCAGGAGUUUUUGCUCAGAGCAAACAAAUACAACCGGCUGCAGAUGAGCGGAGAUGACGGGGCUGAGGAGAGGAAGAUCAUCCUCGUAGAGGAUUUUCCAAACCAGUUCUACAGACAGCCAGGAUGCCUGCACGAUAUCCUCAGGCGUUUUGUGCGGACUGGUAGGUGCCCUGUGGUCUUCGUCGUAUCUGACAGCCUGUGUGGAGACACCAGUUCCAGACUCCUCUUCCCCAAAGACAUACAGGAGGAGCUGAGCAUCCACAACAUCAGUUUUAACCCCAUAGCUCCUACCAGCAUGAUGAAGGUGCUGAGUCGGAUUGCAACUGUUGAAGCGAGCAAGAGUGCUGGUAGGAUCUCUGUGCCUGAUAAGGUGGCACUGGAGCAGCUAUGCUCCGGAAGUUCAGGAGACAUUCGGAGUGCCAUCAACAGCCUGCAGUUCUCGUGCUUCUCUGACUGCUCUAUAGAAAAAAUUAUCUGGUCUUCUAAGAAAGGAAAAUCAUCCAAGUCUGCAGCCAAAUCCACAGCAAGACCCAAAGGCAGAGGCCGCUCCACUAAAUCUACCGACAUGCUGGAGGACAGCCCUGCUAUUGGAGGGAAAGAUGCAUCCCUUUUCCUCUUCAGAGCGCUCGGAAAGAUCCUCUACUGCAAGCGAGAAAGUUAUGAAGUUGGUGAUACUCCUAGGCUACCAGCACAUCUUUUACAGCAUCAGAGGGAUAAACUGCUUGUUGACCCAGAGCUUGUUAUAGAGCGCUCACACAUGUCUAGCGAGUUCUUUAACCUCUACCUACACCAGAACUAUAUGGACUUUUUCUCAGACGUGGAGGAUGUGGCCCGGGCCAGCGAGUACCUCUCAGACUCCGACUUCCUGACAGCAGAAUGGACUUCCAGGUCCACUAUGUUGGCGUAUGGAUCCUCAGUGGCCACUAGAGGGCUCAUCCACUCUAACACCGCCCGUGCUCAGGCUGACCAGCCGUCGUCAGUCGGCUUUAAGCCACUUCACAAGCCCCACUGGCUGAAUAUUAACAAGACGUACCGAGAGAACUAUCUGACGGCACAGUCGCUCUUCAUCAGCUUCUGUCUGACUCCCAUAAGCCUCGUAACAGAGCUAGUGCCAUACCUGGCCAAGCUCAGCAACCCUAUGAGGAAUCAAGCUCAGAUAAACUUCAUCCAUGAUAUCGGGCUUCUGUCACUCAGGAGAUUUCCAGCCAGAUUAAAACUUGAAGCACUUGGUGAUAAAGACCCUGGAUUACUGGACCUGGACAGUGAUCCUGAUGAGGCAGGAACCCAGAGCACUGAGCUUGGCACUAAGACCAUUGUGCCAGAAGAUAACACUGCUGUACCCACCCUCCCUGCCAGCCAGGACCCAGGGGGUGACCUCCCAGCCAGCCAGCCCCAGCCAACCACCGUCGAGGAUUUACUGGAUGAGAAGGACCUUCUAAUUGAGGAGUUUGACAGUGACUGACCAAUCACACACUCCUGUUGCCUAUAUAUUCUGCACCAUUGUUGCCUUAAGGAGACCCGGUUCUUAUGUUUGUUUUGUUUAUGGUUUUAUAAUGUGAAUAAGGAGCAGGUUUGAUAUUUAUUUCAUCACAAACAGUACACAGUAGUCUUUGUGUCAUGUAUGAUGUACAUGUUGGUGUUAGUGUUCCUAUCAGACUCGGUUAAAGGAACCUAGAGAAAAGUGAGUGUUAUGUAUGAUUUAAAAACAAAAUGUUCUUGGACAUUGCUGUAAUAUAAUGCUCUUUGUUGUCCAGAUAAUUUAAUUCUAACAUGUUGGUGCUUUAAUAUGUGCCACAUUUGAGUAGGCAAUAAAAUCUAUAUUUUGCA